AGGAGGAGCCACAAGUCCACGGCUCUUUGUGACGGCAGGAGCUCCGCUGUAGGAGCAUCCGUCCUCGCCUCCACAUCCCGCAGGAUUUCUCAUCCCAAACUUUGGCCGGAUGGAGGAUGAGGGUGCAAGGAAGACGAAGAUGCCCUGGGACACCCAGGCAGCGAAUGAACUGCACACGGAGACCAGGGAUGACAAAUUCCCGCAUCAGAACCUUGUGGAAGAGGCCAUUUUGAGCAGUUCCACAGCACAGAAAGUCAACAAGGAGGAAAAGCCCUGGAGAUCCCCCCUGAGGCGGGGCUCCAAACCCAACCCAGGGAGCUCCRAGGAGGAAAGACCCACCCUGUGCCAGGAAGGUGGCCAGAGAUGCAGCCAGAGCUCUGACCUGGUGGUCCAUGAGCACAUUCAUGACAAGGAGAAGCCCUACAAGUGCUUGGAAUGUGGGAAAAGCUUCAGCUGGUGCUCCCACCUGAUCCGCCAUCRGAAGAUCCACACWGGGGAACGGCCCUACGAGUGUGGGGAAUGUGGGAAGAGCUUCAGCCAGAGCUCUGACCUGGUGGUCCAUCAGCGCCUUCACACAGGGGAACGCCCCUUCAAAUGCUUGGAGUGUGGAAAGGGCUUCAGCAAGAGGUCCAGCCUCACAUACCACCAGCGCUUUCACACUGGGGAACGACCGCACACUUGCUUGGAAUGUGGGCAGGGCUUUAGCCAGAGCUCCCACCUUGUCAGCCACCGCCGGCUGCACACAGGGGAGCGGCCCUACAACUGCUUGGAAUGUGGGAAGAGYUUCAACCGCAGCUUCAGCCUUGUCAUCCACCAGCGUGUCCACACUGGGGAACGGCCCUAYGAGUGUCACGAGUGUGAGAAGAGGUUUCGGACCAACUCUGAUCUCCUCAUGCAUCAGCGGACGCACAGGGAAGAGAGGCCCUUCUACUGCACUGAUUGUGGGAAGGGCUUCAUCCGUAGCUCAGACCUAGUUAAACACUGGCGUGUCCACACCGGGGAGAGACCCUACAGGUGCGUGAAGUGUGGAAAGAGCUUCACCCAGAGCUCUGCCUUGGCCUCACACCAACGGACCCACUGGUAAGAGAAGCCCUUCAAGUGCYCCUGCUGUGGGAAGAGCAUUGGAGGAUCCAUGUUGGGCAGAGGCCUGGUGACCCAUAUUCCCGGUGAUCCACAUUGGAAGAUACCUGACUUGUGCUCUCCAAUCCUCCUGGUUCCCCAUAGACACCUCAAUGAAAGCAGGGGCAGGAAAAUCCAUCGGGACACAGACUGACACCAGAAAUUCUUUGGGAAGAGCAGAUUUGUUGACUUUAUACCCCAAAAAAAUUUCAUCUGCUCUAUCCAGUCAUUUCUUCCUGUGGCAUCAAGCAACACUGGGUGGUCUUCAGGGUCUUUUCCAACCUAAAUAAUUCCAUGAUUCCACUAAUUCUGUCUGGACCAUGGGUGUCUUCCACAGCCAGAUGGUGAUGGACUGGGGCAAAGACCAAAUUGUCGAGACAAUAGAGUGGAGACACCUCCAAAAAAGGCUCUUCCACCCACCCAACCCAACGCCAUGGAUACUGACAUGAUGCUGACAUGUAAAUCUUUUUAAUUUUGCCUUGAUUUUCCUUUGAUUCCUGUUCAUCCUUCCAAAACACUUGAGGUUGGGGUAAAAAUAAAGAAAUCUAGUAAAGACCUCUAAACCACCACCAUUUUACUGGAAUUUUCAGGGUUCAGGGGGAUAUUUUUGGAGAUGUGGAAGAGUUUUCUCCAUCAUUUUGCACCCCAAAUCUGAGAGGGAUCAGUCUAUUACAUCAAAAUAAUUCAAUCCCACUGAAUAUGGCUCAAUCCCAACCUAAAAUAGCUUGAUCCCACCCCAAAAGGGCAUGAUCSCACCUCAAAAUGGCUUAAUUCCACCCCAAAAAUUACAUAAUCCCACAGCACCCCCAAAACCCCAAGGAGGGGUGGGAUGGGGUGUGAUAGGGAUUGGGAGAAGUGAGAUGUGAAUUGUGAGGGGUGGGAUGUGGAUUGGGAGGAGCGGGAUGGAAUUUGGAAUAGAGGAAUGGGUUUUGGGAGCAGUGGGAUGGGAUGGGAUUGCACGGCACGGGACGGGACAGGAUGGGAUGAGAUGGGGGAAAUAGGGUUUGGAAAGGGGACCAACUUUCAUAUCCAGGAGGGGUGGGAUUGGGAGUGGGAG